CACUGAAUGCAAGUUUUACCUUUCCACAACCGUCCGAUAAAGCUACAUGAGGAUUUACUGAACUCAUAUCGUCACUCCCCUGAAGCACAAACCGUUGGGUUGUGCGAAAGAAUACAAUGGUAAUACUCCACUCUCUCCUCAAUAUAGUUGGCUCUGAUCACGCAAGCACGCUCGAUUCAGGGCAGCCCCACCCUGGGGCGGCCGAAUUCCCCUGAAUAUGAGCAAGAUAUCGGAAUGAUCGCACAGGCACCGGCGAGGGCGGCCUCUGAUUGGCUGAUGGCGGCCGGAUCCCUCCUAGACGGCCUGUGAUUGGUCGAGGGCCGGCGGUCGGCCGCCGCCAGCCGCGGCCGAGCUCAGUGUUCAACAUACGUUGGGGAGGAGAGGAUCGCUCACGUGCACGCGAGACCUCCGAUCACCCUCGACCGCCACGACCAGCACGCACGUGCGCCACGUGAUUCAGAGACUGCACGAGAGUGAAUGCCCGCGGCACGUGGGAUGUACGACGUGGCAGUGCGAGGACCUACCGUGACCAUGGAAGAGACGGAAACGCCGGCAGAAGUGGUCAAGAGCGGUGUGAUGACCAGCUCCGCCUGGGGUGCUGCCGCCGAGCAGUACCGGCAGCUGCUGCAGCACCAGCACCAUCAGCACCAGCACCGGGGCGGAGACGAUGAGGGCGCGGUUUCGGACGCCGAUUCGGCCCCGUCGCGCGGCCAGUCUCCCCUGGAAGGAGGAUCUGACGCGGAGACCAAUCACAGACCGAUCAGACAUCAGUCUCCGGAGCACGGUGUGCUGGAGAAGCUCAAACGACAGGUGGCCAGCGUCUCACAAGCACAUACGAUGGAUACGAGCGACGAGUCUUCCGACUACCGGCUCCAAGAUGGCAUGAUGUCUCGCGCGUCGGCCGAUCCGUCGUCGCUGCCGCGCCACCGUCUGUCGCCGCAGUCGCUGCUGGCCGCCUCCAUGGCCAGCAACCCGCCGUCGCUGGUGCCGCUGCCCGGCCUCGGCGGUCUGGCUGGCUACGGCGGCGCUGCCGGCCGGGCCAGCAGCGCGUCGCCGCCGGCCCGCGAGGCGGCUAGCCCGCCGAACAGCUCGUCGGGCCACUCGCCUCGCCAGCCGGCCGCCGCCACCGGCACGGGGAACACGCAGGCACCGUGGAACUACGAGGAACAGUUCAAACAGUUGUACGAGAUCGACGAAAACCCCAAGCGCAAGGAGUUUCUGGACGAGUUGUUCCGGUUCAUGCAGGAAAGAGGGACUCCGAUCAAUCGCCUGCCAAUCAUGGCCAAGCAAGUUCUGGAUAUGUAUGAGCUCUACAACCUCGUGGUGGCACGCGGCGGCUUGGUAGAAGUCAUCAACAAGAAACUGUGGCAGGAGAUCAUCAAGGGCCUGAAGUUGCCCUCCUCCAUCACAUCAGCUGCAUUCACUCUCAGAACACAGUACAUGAAGUACCUGUACCCCCUGGAGUGUCAGAAGGAGGGUCUGAGCAGUCCUGCCGACCUCCAGGCGGCCAUCGACGGCAACCGACGGGAGGGUCGACGGGGAGGCUACAGCGCCGCCUCUUACGCCGACUUCUCUCAGCGUGCUCCACUCCUCGCCAGUCCCAUGGCUCCGUCGUUCGGUCUCGGUAACGGGAUGCCGAUGCCGACAUCGCUGCACCAGCAGGGUCUGUCUCCGCUGUCACUGGUCACCAGUCGGCCGGCCGCGCCCGGAUCCAACGGACCCGCCGGACACCCCAUGCCGCCCAGUUCGCCGUUCCUGCCGGCCAUGGGUGGUCCAGUGAUGCCGUCAGCCAACGAUACGCUGAUGACGCUCUGGAGCCUCUACAACCGCCAGCAGCAGCAGCAACAACAACAGCAGCAGCAGCAGCAGCACCGUGUUCACUCUCCUCCUCAGCACCGGAAGCCGGAGGUUGUACCACACCGGAAGCUGCAGAGUGCCAGCCCCGCGCCACAGAGCGAGGCGCUCAACUUGGGCGUCCGAGACACAGCUAGGGACGAGAUGGACCGUCAGAUGAGCCGUCACGGGGCCCGAGAGCACCCUCACGACAACCACCUGAACAUGGACAAGGAGCACGACUGGGACAGGCACCUGCCCAUCAAACGGGAGAGCCAAGAGACUGUGUCACCGCCUCCGCUGCACAAGAGGCCUCGGCUGCCGGAGCCCGAGCGGCAGACCGCCGCCUUCCCGCACACCAAGAUGAGCAUCUCCACUAAGGGCGACAGCAGCAUAGUUGUGAGCAUGGAGCUGAACGGCGUCGGCUACCAGGGAGUGUUGUUCGCCCAGCCGCGGACUGCCAGCGUGUAGCGGCUCACAUAGCAACAGCGCCAUCUAGAGCUUACCGACACAAGUAUUAGUGCGCCGGUCACCACCAGGUGUCGCUAGGCGCUAACAGUAGAGGAGAAUGAAGAUCUCAUAAAAAGUGGUGGCCGCGGUGGCUGAGUGAACGUGACCACGCGUGGAGACAUCUGUGGGUUGUUUUGCUUCGAUCCAGAGAGAACCGUUGUUGAGGGCUUCGAGCGCCCGUUUUUCCCGUCAAAGCUAUUCGGGCGUGUUUAAUUUUAAGUGGGAAUCCUUGUGGUUUUGUUGGUGUUUCAAAUGAGUUGUCUUGUUAUGCAUUGGCUGAGUUUCAUCUCUCGAUACCACGACCGAAACAAGAGCAUCCUUUUUCUCAGGGAUUGAAUAGCAGCCCUGACAUGCGUGGUUUAUGGAAUAGGAUAGAGGUUAUGAAUUUGUUCGAGAUGAAAGAUAUGCAUUGGAUGGUUUCAAUCGAUCGGCUUUGAAUUGGUUGACCUGUUGGGCAAUGCGGCUGCUCGCAUUGCUGUCAAUUUCUGAAGCACCAGUUGCUUGCUUGUAUGUUUCAGUCAAAAUCAAUCAAAUUUGCUGUAUUAUUUCAUGGUGUCCAUGAAUUAUCUAUUGUGAUGAAUGCUACUUAGUGUAAUUCCUGAUCUUCCAAAUACCUACCUAAUCCCCACUUCUUUUGACGUUAUCACAUACCACAUACUUGAGUGCUAAAAAUGCCCAUUUCGAGUCUCUUUUCCUGUUUCCUCCCGUAGCUAAUGACAAUCAUUAGUCACUACAAAUAUCCUGUCCGUUGUUUGAAAACGAACAAUGUCCUGUUGUAAGCCCUAGAAAUCAACGCUCCAUGCGACAUAGAACUGUUUAUGUGGAGGUUUUUGUGAUUGGUGUUCCCUGUAAAGCCCGGACACAAUAUACAUGUGUUUCCA